UUUGCGUCUCACGCGCACUGGAGGACUUCUUGAGAGGUUUUAUUCAUCCCACCAUACUUCGAAAGGACUUUUCCAGGCUUUUCUGCAAACGCGGCGCGAUUCCUACAAAAUUCAUUAGGAUGUGGCUGUUCGCAAGGCACGUCCGCGCCUUCCUCGUGUCCGUCGCCGUGCUCACGGUCAUCCUCAAUCUGCAGGACAAGAAUUCGUCGAAGAAGUCGCAUUUAACGAUAGGCGCUAACGAAAGCUGGGGCAACGAUAGCAGCAGCGAAUACGGUGAUGAUUACGAUCUGUUCGAUGAGGAGGAAACUUCGGAGAUGUUGGAGGAUGUUAAGAAGCAAAAGUACAGGGAGUUCGUGUUGGGUGGAAGGAGCGCUCGUGGCGAGGACGACUCCGAUCUGCACGUCCUGGGGCUGUUCGAGAUGACGACGAAACAUGGGAUCAGAGAUGAGGGCUUCGCCGAGGUAUUCGCAGCUCAAAUGGCCGUCGACCACAUCAACCGCAAGAAUCUGCUCUCGGGACACAGGAUUAAGCUGCUCAUAAACGACACCCAGUGCGAUCCGGGCGCUGGCAUCGAUCGCUUCUUUCACGCUCUUUACUCCAAGAAAAUCAUCAUUAUGCUGCUGGGAAGUGGCUGCUCGAACGUCACCGAAAGUUUGGCAAACAUUGUUCCGUACUGGAAUAUUCUGCAAGUGUCUUUUGGGUCGACGUCGCCUUCCUUGAGCGAUCGGAAUAAAUUUCCUCUGUUCUUCCGAACCGUCGCACCGGAUUCCUCCCACAACGACGCUAAGGCGGCUUUCAUCAGGAAGUACAAGUGGGACACGGUGGCAACGUUCAGCCAACGCGAGAACAUCUACCUCUUUCCCAUCAACAACCUCAUCAUCAACUUGGAAAAAUCGGACGUGCAGUGCGCCAAAUCUAUCACAUUCUCUUUGAGCAACUUCAAAGAACGUUUGAAGGCCUUGAAGGAAUUGAAUGUAAGGAUUAUAGUUGGUAGUUUUUCUGCGAAAAUAGCUCCGAGGAUAUUCUGUGAGAUAUAUAAAUUGAAAAUGUUCGGUAUCGAUUACGUUUGGAUCCUGCAGGAUCGGCAGGCGACGUGGUGGCGGGACACAAAGGAUUGCAGACACGGCCACCUUAGGGAAGCCACCGAAGGAGUCAUCUUUCUGGAGCAUCACAACAUGAUCCCCGAUAACGGCGUAGCAAUCUCCGGCCUGAGCAACAAGCAAUUCGACGAUGCGUUCAAUAAGUCUCUCCACUCGAGGCACGCUCGGCAAACGUACGAUGCAAUCUGGGCCAUGGCACUGGCCAUGAAGGCCGUGAGCACCAGGAACGAUUACAAUCUGACCGAUUUCUUCUACGACGACGACAAGUUCAUCGACGAAGCGGUUGGAUACAUGCAGGAGCUGCGGUUCAUGGGUGUCUCGGUGAGUGUAUCUCUCGUUUCCAUUUCAUCUUGUUUAUUUUUUCUUUGUUUUCGUUUUUCUUUCACUAUUUGUUUUGCACGCCAGGGACCUGUCCGAUUUCGAGGAGCGGAUCGCGUUGGGAAUUCGAUAAUUACGCAGAUCCAAGGUGGUGUGUCAAAGACUGUGGCCAUUUAUUACGUGGACGAUGGACGGCUGGACUUCAAGUGCUACGGUUGCAAUGCUAUAAGAUGGCGCGAGGGAAAGGUACCGAUCGCCAAGAGGGUGCUACGAUUCAAACUGGUGACUAUCCCGAAAUCCGCCUUCUACCUAGUUUCCAUCGUAUCGGGAAUGGGAAUCCUCGCUUGCAUAUUAUUCCUGUGCUUCAAUUACCGCUACAGAGAGCAGAAAGUCAUCAAGCUAUCUAGUCCGCGUCUGAAUAACAUCGCCGUUUCCGGAUGCGUACUUGUCUAUGCUGCAGUCAUUCUCCUGGGCAUCGACAUACGUACCGUCCUCCGAGUUUCCCAUUUCGCCAAGCUGUGCACGAUGAGGGUGUAUCUGCUCUCCGCCGGUUUCUCCUUGGCCUUUGGUUCGAUCUUCGCGAAGACCUACAGAAUCCAAAGGAUCUUCACGUACAGCACGAGCGUCAGAGACAAGUUCCUCAAGGACAAGCAGCUGAUCUCGCUCAUCUUCGUCCUGCUGAUCAUCGACGCAGUGAUCAUCGCACUUUGGGUAUACACGGAUCCAAUGCAGAGGCAUCUCCACAAUCUCACUAUGCAGAUCAGCUCCGAUGAUAGAUCAGUGCUUUAUCAACCUCAGGUGGAGGUCUGCAAGUGUAACAAUACGACCGGAUGGUUCAUAGCGAUUUGCGUCUACAAAGGGUUCCUGCUGACAAUGGGUGUUUACACGGCUUGGGAGACGCGCCGCAUCAAAGUGGAUGCUCUGAACGAUUCGCAGUACAUCGGGAUCAGCGUGUACAGCACCUUCUUCGCGUCUCUCGUCGUCUUCGUCACGCACUUCCUUACCGAUUACAUCCUCCUGUCGUACAUCGCGAGGACCUUCAGCAUCUUGACGUCGACGACGAUCACGCUUCUGCUGCUCUUCGUGCCCAAGCUGAAGUCGGUGCUGUUCGAGGACGGCGAGGAUAAGGAUCAGGUGAUGCAGAGCAUGGGUUUGAAGAUCGAGUGCAACACCCGGCGCCUCCGCAUCGACGAUCCGCACGAGAUCGCCUACAGGAUGGAAGUGCAGAACAAGGUGUACCGUUGCGAGAUACAGGCUCUGGACAAGGAGAUAGCCAUACUCGAAGGGCUGCUGAGGAGACAAUCCUCUAGCCCUAAUUACCCCAAAGUAUCGAGGGCUUCAUGGCCUUCGACGCAUCUUCAGGGAAUCGAAUCGAUGGCGCGAAGGCCUUUCCUCUCAGAAACGACGCUACUCGAAGAGGACGACGAUAACGUGAUUACGUUCCUUGCGGAUCGCCCGAGGGUCCUCGACAAGCUCAGGACCUUCUUCAGCAGACGCAUUCCUUCCUGGCGUUCGCGUUUCGUCAACGGAUUACCGCCGCCGCCGCAGCCGCAGCCGCCACCCCCAAUCGAAGUCUCAAAGCCAUUUAUCAUCCCCAUCAAUGAGAACCCAUUACACACGUGAUCGAUUCCAGCCAAAAAGCGAACGCGAAAUCUCCAUUAUGCCACCCACACUUUACUAUCUUUUUUUUUCUGUUUUAUUUUGCUGUACGUGCUUUUUUCUCUCUCUCUAUCUCUCUCUUUGUUUUGCUCCCUUUCCGAAUCAAUUACGGAAUUCAUUUAUAUUUCAAAUGCGGAAACUUGUUUAUUCGCAAAUUAGUGGUCGUUUCGUCCGUCGAGAGUUAAUUUGCGUGGAUAAUUGAGGCGGCCGCCUCUGAAAACCGAAUCAAAUUGUUUUCGUUCCAUUCAUUUGCAUGCGCGCCACGCCACCCGGAAAGGUCCACAGGCAAAUACAACUUUAAUUCGAUAGAAUCAGUUUAAUUCCAAAUAUCUGAAACUUGCUUAGAAAACUACCAACCGCACAACCAAAUUCAUUCAUAACGUAGCUACAACAACAAAUUAGUUUUAUUUUGUUCUAACCGCAUUAGACAUUUCCAUACACAAAUUCAGCGAAAUGUAAGCAAUCAGAAGAUAAAUCUGGUAAGAGAAUUUUGCUCAAUGAAUAUUUACUUUGUUUUGAAAUUUUCAAACCGUACUAGAAGAAUGUUAAUGAUGUUUUUGAAGAGCCAAAAAUAGAUUGGAAAUAGAUCAAACUUGAAAAAGUAUUAGAUCAUAAAUUCGAGACUAAACGAACGAUAUAAACAUUAUUUUAUGUUUCGUUUUAUUUUUAUUUUUUUUUUAUUCACGAUGAUGAAACACUUCCAUCGGAUCCCAUAAAACCAGUUGCGCUUUUCCAAUUCCAUAGUGAAAAUUUUGCCAUUCGGAUGAAAACGCGUAAGGGGCAAGUUCAUAAACUUCGCACGUGUAAAAUAUUUAAUGAAAUUUACUUUUACGUGCGCAAUAUUCUCUCAUGCAUCGCACACGCUCACUCCACUUCUAUGAAUUCCUUUUCGCAAGUUUAUGCAGGCUGCACAUAUUACCGUGCAUUCGCUCUUGAAAAAGUUUAGUCCGUACCAAAAAAAAAAAAAAAAGAAAAAAGAAAGAAAGAAAAAUUGAAAUUACGAAAUCGUAAACCGGAAUUAAAUCGCGCUCAAAUUAAUUACGAAAAUCUAAAUAAUUUAUUUGAAAUCAAU